GAGAGAAACGUUAAAUAAAAGUGUAGAAGGGUUUAUUCGGAAUGAGAGACAGUAAAGGGAUGGAGAAGACAAGAGCCAUCUACAGAAUAUCUCUACUCCUCAUCGCUCUGCACCUCGCCUUUGCAGCUUCUCAAUCCGAUAUUCCGCAGGAUAUCAGCAGAGAUACCUCAAGAAAUCUAAAUGAAGAACAUCAAGAAGUUCAUUGCUCAAGAGAGAGGAGUCGAGCAGCCUGGAAGAUAAUAGAGGAGUAUCUUACGCCUUUUGUGGAGAAAGAGAAAUAUCAACUUUCAAGCAGAUGCAGGCUUCAUCCAAGCAGUGAUUUGUUCAGGGACCAGGAGGAGCAUAAGAUUCAUGUUGACGUGAAUGAAUGGCGAUGUGGCUAUUGUAAGAAAAUCUUCCGAGCAGAAAAAUUUUUGGACCAGCAUUUUGACAACAGGCACUACAAUCUUCUAAAUGUUAGUCAUGGCAAGUGCUUGGCAGAUCUAUGUGGAGCUUUGCAUUGUGAUUAUGUGAUCAAUUCACAAUCUCAUAAAUCCAAGUGUAAUCCUGCAGCUGCUGCAAGGAACCGUCACUUGUGUGAGGAUCUUGCGAACAAGUGUUUUCCUGUAAAUGAGGGUCCAUCAGCAAGUCGUCUACAUGAAUUUUUUUUACACCAGUUCUGUGAUGCCCAUACUUGCUCAAGAGGAGUAAAACCUUUUGCUCGGGGAGGCAAGAAGCACACCAGCGUAUUGUACUUGGCUGCUUCAGUGCUGAUUUUGAUGUUCCUUCCUAUGUUUUACGUGAUCGUGUUCUUUUCUCAGAGGGAUAAAAAAGGAUUGACGCAGCUGAAGCGCGUAGCAAGACCUGGGAGAAAAUCAAAACCCUCUUGACGGUGAAGUAUUAUUGGCAAUGCAUCAUUCAUUGUGACAGAAAAGAAAUGAGCAGAGUGCAGAAUCUUCAGUUGGGAUGUGUUCCACCAAGAAUGCAAAGACUUCUCGUGAAGAUGGAACGAUGGAAAAUUAAAUGCUUUACUUUUCAUUUUGUAUUAUUGUUCUUUUCAAAAUUGUUGUAACACUUCAUUCACUUGUAGACUAGAUAAAAUAUCUACGGCCCUGUAUAAUGCUUUUGAUUGUAUUUUGCAUAUCAAGCGUACAAAAUCCACAGAUUUUUGUUUCUUCUUUUUGAAA